AACUGAAACACACACACACACACACACACAAUCAGUCAUACACUUGGUAGCUUACAAACCGUUAUCUUACAUUCUGGCUGAAAAUGGAGACGAGAAGAAAAACAUGGAGGUUGCAGGAGGAGGUAUAGACAUGCCAUCGACCAGGCUCUUCUUUUGAGCUUUCCGAGGAACUAAGCACGGAGAAACCAGGUGAAGCAGCAGAUGGUACCAUGUGAAAGCCUGAGGAUCAUGAAGGUCACACACAAGCUGCUGUUUGCUCUGUGCCCCAUGCUGGUCCUGGUCUUCAUCUACUACUCCUCCGGGAAACUUCACCUCCACUUAUGGGGACACAAAUCACAUGUUCAUGUGGAGACUUCAGUUUCCGUAAAGGUCACCACAGAUAAACCUAAAGUGACUACAGGGCCAAACGGAGCACAUCGCUACGGAGCCUCUAAUGAUAUCAUCAGAGCUUCUUUACACAUGAUUGAGCCCAAAAUGGUGGACAUCGUCUCCGCGGGACAGAUAGUAAACUCAGCGUUCGAUAAUCAGGGCUUUCUUCUGACGCUGGACGGGAAGCUCCCGGUGGAGUUGGUGCACCAGUAUGGAAACCUCAGCACCGGAGCCUGCAAGCCCGGCUUCGCCGCCGCCAAGAUGGCCGCCAUCUUCCCAAAGUUUGUAAAACCUGCACCAAUGUUUCUCGACCGGAACUUUAAACGCCUAGCGAAAGUCAACAACUAUUUACCUCCAUUCGGAUUGAAGACACAAGAAAGAAUCAUAGACACUAUAUUAACCGCUACGAAGGCCUUCGGACUGAGUCCAGAACUUGACAGAUUGACUUGUAGAAGAUGUAUAAUUGUGGGGAACGGUGGGAUCCUGGCCAAUAAAUCUCUGGGCUCCCGUAUCGAUGAAUACGACAUUGUGGUGAGGUUAAACGAGGCUCCGGUCAGCGGGUAUACCCGGGACGUCGGUACCAAAACCACCAUGAGGAUAACGUACCCCGAGGGAGCCAUCCAGAAGCCGGAACGCUACGAGAAAGACUCUCUGUUCGUCUUCUCGGCCUUCAAACCUCUCGACUUCAAAUGGCUGAGGCACAUCAUCUUCAGGGAGAAAUUGGUGAGACAAGGUUCAGAGGGCUUUUGGAAGUCUGUGGCCCAGUUUGUGCCCAGAGAACCCUCUGAGAUGAGAAUUCUCAACCCUUACUUCAUCCAGGAAGCUGCAUUCCAGUUCAUUGGACUGCCAAUGAACAAUGGCCUCAUGGGGAAAGGGAACAUCCCAACACUUGGCACUGUUGCGAUCACCAUGGCUCUGCAUAACUGCGAUGAGGUUGCUGUUGCUGGAUUCGGCUACGACAUGAACAACCCUCACGCCCCCCUGCACUACUACGAGACGGUCAAAAUGUCUGCCAUCAAAGAGUCCUGGACUCACAAUAUUUCCAAGGAGAAGGAGUUUCUCCAGAAGCUGGUGAAGGCCAGCAUCAUCACAGACUUGACCAAAGGGAUCUGAUCGUCCCGGCACGGAUGCUUCUAGCACAGAGCGAGAAAAGCGAGAUUUCUGGAAACCUGGAGGACAUCAAGGUGUUCGGCUGCAGCAGAAGUAGAGCAGGUGGAAGAGACGCUUCGAUGGUGAAGGGGGGUGGGGGGUUGCGCAUGUGCCUUCUGACCGAGAAGUUUCCUCCAGCUCAAAAUCCGUUGUGAACAUCUGGAGAGACCAGCUUUUCGUCUGUUCCACAUUCAUCUUUAAUUGAGAUGGAGUGUGUAAUCAAAGACUCGCGAGGUGGCGGACAGGAACUGUACUCGACGCACCGGACUACGGACUGAUUGUGCCAAACGUACCUCUUCUGGAGGAGAGAUGGAUCUCCUCUACAACAUGAAUGUAUUCACGGCGUAGGUUCUGACGGUUCCUAGUGUCAUUUUAUCACCCUGCCUUUUCUUUUUUCUUUUUUUUUCCAACCGCUCUGCACCAUCCUCAUCGCCGGAAGGUCAGAGUUCGCCUUCGUACAGUAUCACGAAGUGUUUUCUUGAGAAUGGACUUUUUUAAAAUUAAUAUUAUCAUUAUUUAUUGCGUAACUUAAACCCUCUUUAAUUGGAGAGGAAGAUAACGUUUUAAUGUUUUACUCUGUUCAACAGGAGGCUUUAUUUUAUAACGAGCUGAUUUUAUUUCCUGUUUCAUUUCAUUCUCUUUAUUUCUCUUCGUACACAUCACACCAAGCCGCCAUGCUGUUCGUCUCGUGCCUCCUUGUGUCCAGCGGCUUCGUGCUGAAAAGGUACCGAAGGUCCGGAAAACAAAAUGCCUGAAAAUACAAAUGUUUACUUUUUUAAUAACGUGAGUUUUUUGUUUGUUUGUUUGAUUGUUGAUUUUUGUUCCUUAAUAGUUUUGCGUUUGUACAUUUUUGAAAAAUCGUCGUAUGUAAUUCAAAAAAACAAAAAAAGCUAUUUUAUCCGUCACACCAGUUGUUUGUAAUUUCAGAAUCUGUAUAUUUUAGAGGAACGGAUGUAACGUUAGGAAUCAGUCAGGGGAAGAAUCAACCUUGGAUUUUUUUUUUUUUUUUUUGCAGAAUAUUGUGAUUAUUUUGUCGGGGGGGUGUUUAGUUUUGCACAGUAGAGAUUAUCACGUUGCAGCUUUACAGAGAUUCAGUUCGCGACCCCGCAGCAAGUCGAACUCUGCAGAAUGGUGUACAGUAGAAUAAAGGGAUCGCGCUGAAAUCAGAAACACUCGUGCUAGCUAACACAGGAGUGGACAAACAUUAGUCACUCAGGACAAGCAGAUUAGACGUCCGAGCUCUCGGUAUAGCAAUCGUUUUCUUGGAGAGAUCAAUUCAACUACAACUACCAUGUAGGAACGGUUUUUCUUUGGUAAAUUAGAAGCUACGAUCAUAAUGCACUUCACCGUGGCGUGUCCCAUCUUUAAGGUUUGAACCGUGCCCACCCGCUGCACUACACACAUCAGGUCAGAACGGUUUUUUUCACCGAUUAAUAUGCAUCCGCGAUUGACUGACGUGUUUUCCUCGCGGCGCAACGUAGGCUAACGCGCACAACGCACAACUAAGCGUAACAAGAGGGAAAAAUAAGACAGACCUGAUUUUUAUUUAUUGCUUUUCUCAAUUUCUACAAAUGCUGCAUUAAAGCACUAGCCGGGUCACGGUACGAUACCGAUCACGUCACAUGACGCCAUCUAAUCACUUUUUACCAUCGUCAAAUUCCAGGCCGAACCGCAGAACCGAGCCGAACGCUCUCGCCUGCUGAGCUCAGCUAAUCAAUGUAGCGGUUCGUCCACUCUGUGAUAUCGAGAUUUGUUUGCAUUUAAAGGCAAUCAUUUUAUUUGUUUUAUUUGUUUGUUUGUCAACACUACAAUCCACAGAAUCGUCAUUUCAGCAUCAGCGUAAAGGGUUAGCUGAAUUACGAGGUGAAGAAAGUCGGAAAUCGGCACGAGGUUCAUCUCAACAAGUCCAACUGGAAACAAAGGGGAAUUGGAAAUAAAAAAAAAUUAAUGAAAGAAGAGGUUUUAUUAUAUUAUUAUUAUUAUUAUUAUUAAAUAAAUAGAGAGAAUAAUUUACGUUGACGUAAUCAGUGCAUUGGCCAUUUCUAAGGUUUGAAAAAGUGUAUUUAUCUUUAUACCAGGAGUUUACUGUCCUGGUGUUUAUGACCAGUGUUUUGGAUAUAUUAACACACACAUACACACACACACACACACCUUCAGUCAGACUGAAGUGAAACAGUCGAACCAGGCUAAGCGUAUUGUAUUUAUUGGGUUUGGAGACGUGUGUAAUACUGGAUACAGUAUAUCUGAAUCUCAUGCCAAAGACAUGUAUGCAGUAAUGUAGUAUUAUUUAGUGCUUCCUGACGUAUGUCUCGAUCAGAACUUCUGGAACAAAACCUUCUAAAGUUUUGAAGACUCUUACAUUGUUACUGUAUUGCCUUGAGUUUUUUUUUCUGGACAAAUCAUUGUUGAUAAUCAACAGCUGCAGUGGGAUGAACAGCGAGCGAGCGGUCGGUCAGUCGAUCGUUUAUUAGUUUUGUUUUGUUUUGUUUGUUUUAUUUCAUUUUUCUCGAGAUUCCCGGACGUGUUGUGUGAAACUUUCUGAACAGCAUUGUGGCGAAACAAGUGCCAGAUCAUUGAGUCCACCAGGAUAUGCAUGAUGAUGUCCAGCACCUCCCUGCACCUCUCAGAAAAAGGGGCGGGGCUGUCUGCUGUCGAUUCAUGUACAAAUAAAUUGUAAAAAAUAACAAA